AUGAACAACUGUAAAGCUAGCAUUUUAAGACAGAAUUCUGUGACGAAGGCUUCCAGGAAAUUAGUUGCUGUGGGAAAGUUGCAAGCAAUCGAGUCAGAUGAUGUUUUCGAGAAAGUGAAAUAUGAGAACCUUGGAGGCAAAGAUCGAGAUAAAGAUAAAAAUGACAUUUCUGAUGAUGACUUACCUCUGUUGCGGUUGCGGAAACCUUUGGGUGAUCAGACAAAUAAAAUGAAAUAUGAUGAAGUAUACAGUGAUAAUAGCAUUGAGGAAGAGGAACAGCCAAGCACAUCAAAGCCAGUUGCAGGCGUCAAAACUGGUACAUAUAUACUAGUUUCGAUAUCAGGAGAGUCGAACAAGAGGACUGCAGCCAAGUAUGAACACAAGUAUGUCGCAGUGUGCCAGGGUGAUAUAGAAGCUGAUGGGCAGCAGGGAUCAUUGCCUUCGAUAACCACUAUACAAAGGAACAUAUUCACUCAAGAAGAUAGUUUUAUAGAAAGUCAAGUGAGAUUUGAUAAGUUGAAAGAUUUCUUAGAAAAACGGAACUAUCCGAAGAACAUUUGGAUAAGUGAAGACCAAACUGGCAUAACCGGACGUAUCCAGUAUGAUAGUAAAACUAAUAAUAUAGUUGGUUUUGUUUUGCCCUUGAGAGAUGGUCUUCCUAUUACAAAUUAUUUUCAAGCCAAAACUGCCAGUGAGAUAGAAUUAAUAUUUCUAACACAGACCAAAAGUAACUACCUUCUGAUGAUAAUGGCUCAGCCUCUUGUUCCAAAUGCUCCUGCCUUUUCUCUGUGUGCAUUUGGGUCGAACAAUAAAUUUACACAUAAAGAUGUUCAACGACGUUGGCAAAUUCUAGAACAGUUGGCUGCAGAGAAUGGUAUCAAGAUAAUGGGUUUCAGUUCUGAUGGUGACUCUCGAUUACUAAAAACAAUGAGAAUAAAAUCCCAGCUACCCUAUACUAAGACUGAAAACCAAGAUCGAAACCAAGAUAAAACGCCUUCUGACGUUAUAGAUCCCGAUUGGUUUCAAGCCAAUUUACAUAAUGAAGGAUCCUUCUGCGUACAAGAUACUGUACAUAUUGGAACUAGGCUCAGAACAAGGUUUCUUAAACCAUCUAUAAUGCUGCCAAUUGGAAAGUGCAUAAUAUCACCAACAUAUCUGACGUCACUAAUGAAUAUGGUCACAAAAGACAAACAUCUUUUAUGUCCGAGCGACCUCAAAGGCGACGAUAAAAUGAAUUAUGAUUCGGUGGAGAGAAUCUGUGCCCCUCAGGUGCUGGAGUUGUUAUCUGAGAAACUCCCAGACAGUAAAGGGACGGCAGCAUACUUGAAAAUUGUACGAUACGUCCUUGAUUCUUUCCUGUCAAAAGAUUUAACUCCUCUCGAGAGAGUAGAAGAGAUAUGGUAUGCAGUUUUCUUUUUGCGUAUUUGGAGAUAUUGGAUCAAGAUUAUGAAGUAUAGCGUGGUGGACAACUUCAUAACAUUGAGUACUUACAUCAGUAUAGAACUGAAUGCUCAUGCUCUAAUUCUGGUCAUCAAAAAAAUGUAUAACGACAAUCCAAGUGAAUUCUGUCCAUGGAUAAUGAGCAGCCAGCCAUGUGAGAAAAUUUUCAGAUCCAUCAGAUCAAUGACCAGUACUUUUUCUACUGUCACCAACUACAGUAUGCUCGAUAUUUUAGGAAGGCUUACAAGAAUUCAGGCAAUAAAUGAAAUCACCUGUGACACAGAAAUCGAAAUGGAAAGAGGACAUGUUUCGAUAUCGGAGUGCAACCCACAACAUUCUGCAAAUAUUGCCGCUGAUCGAGUAGCAGAUAUAGACGAAUUGGAUAAUGAAACAAUAAGCGACCUACAUAUUUUAAGAUCUCUAGACGCUGAGGAUUCGUUGAAUUUCAAAGAUUUAUCAGAUAAGUUUUCUGAAAAAGAUGAUGAUUUCUUCGAGAGAAGCUCUUAUGUUAAAGUAUAUCAUAAAAAUAAGAGAAUUGUGAUAAGAAAAUCAACGCUUUGCUGGUUCUUGUCUAAUAAAGAUAAAAAAAUGAGCUCUGAUAGACUUCAGAGAGUGAAGUUUUUGGUGAAACCUAAGCAGGAUAUUGUUAAUAAUACACGUGAAUCAGAACAAUUAGUAGAAGAAAAGGAAUCAUUGAAAAUUGGUGAAUGGGUAAUAUUUUCCAUCAACUCCAAACUCGAUAAAACAGUUAGUGAACCUUUGAGCUUCCUGAAAGUAGGGAAAAUAUUGAGCUUCAAAUAUCUGAAUAAGAAAACAAAAAAGCAGCAGGAAUAUUCAUUAGACUCAGCACCAGUACUUUCCAAAACUGACCCUAAUGUUGGAGUACUAUGCCAAUGGUUCUUACUGAAUCAAGAAGGGGAAAUGACGCUCGACGAUGGCUUUCAAUUAUUUCAUAAGAUCGGACUGUACAUAUGUAGUAUUGGUGCACCAACUCUCAAAGGAAAUUACCUUUCAAUUGAUAAAGAAAAUGUACAACAUAUUGUUGAUCGCUACCUAGAAAUUAGGAAUGGUAAUAAAAAAAAUGAUGACUCGUCUGAUAGUGACGUUGAUAUUAUUUAUAACGAUAGUGAUGAUAACUUGGAAUUUAGCAACCAAUCAGAACAUGAAGAAUCUCCUCCUUCUCAGGCUCUACCGGAACUGGAAAAAUACUAUGCCAUAUUUUAUGAGGACAACUUCUACAUCGGCAGGGCUAUAAGACAUUCUCAAACGAAUGUAUCGAGAUUCAAAUUCCUCAAAUGGGACCUAGAUAGAUUGAUUUGGCCGAAAAAUGGAACAUUUAAGUUUCCUCGAGAGGAAAAUUCAAAGCUUGGUAAAAUCUCUUCAAAUGGAUCUUCAACCUGUGAGGAUGUAAUAAAAUCAAUAACCAAUGAAGAAAUUUUAGAGUGUUUGAAGGAAGCGCAUUCUCAGGCGGAAAAGGACGCUGACAGCUUAGGUGUAAUUUUGAAAGAGCAUUCGAGAGGAACAAGCUUGGACGUGCAUAUUACCAGUGUUGAAGAAGAAAGUUAUUCAACAGAAGGAGAAGACAAAAAUGGAACCAUAUCGAUGAAUGGAAUAGAAGAGGAAUUAUCCGAUUCAGAAUACAAUAGAGAUUUGUUAGAUACGCAUGAACUACCUGAAUUCGAAACUUUAGAUCUUAAGGACUUCAGCCAAACAGUUCAUGACCCGAAGAUUGAUUCAUCUUUUCUGAAAGUUAUUCUGAAAAAUGGGAAGGAAUUGGUUGUCAGGAAGUCAAGUUUGUGUUGGUUGUUCUCAAAUAAACAAUCACGUCUUUCAAGUGAUAGAAUUUAUAGGGUCAGAGGAACAGGCUCAUCCACGUCAUCUAAUCCCCUCGCCACUCCCAAAGAUAAAAUGAAACGAAAACAGAAGAAGAAAAUUAUUCCGAAAAAUACAAUAGAUCAAAAACAAUCAAAAAAAUCGCUGAGUACUAAGAAUAUUAAAAAGAGAACCUCGAACAAAACUGAUACUGAUGCUACUGACACCGAGACUGACACCAGUUUCGAUUUUGAAAGCGAAAGCGAAUUCGAAAAUGAAAGUUUCGAAGAAUUGACCGCUGAUCGAGCCGCUGAUGAAACUCGUAGUUCACCCGACAGAGUAGUGUUGACCGAAGAAAAGUAUUAUGCCGUAUACUACGACAAUCAAUUCUACCUUGGUAGAAUAUUAAAAAUAUUCAAUGACAGCAAUUGGUGCACUGUGAAGUUCCUUCAAAAAAAUUUAGAAGCCUAUAUUUGGCCGAAAAAAGAUGACAUUCAAGAUAUAGAAACGAAUUUUGUUAUAUAUGGUCCAAUAGAUUUGAAUGGGAUUGGACCUUUUCAGCUGAAUCGAACAACUGAAGUUGCCAUCAAAAAAAUAUAUAGGGAUUUUAGGAAAACUGUUCAGUCAGAGUGA